AUGGCCACCUCGACAGAAACCAGGCUCAGCUUCACUCUGGCCGACUACGCCGUCUUUUCCGGCAUGCUGGUGAUAUCGAUGGCUAUCGGACUCUUCCAGGCCCUGAAGAAGUACGUUGGGGAGCCACGAGUGGACGACUUUUUCACAGGAGGGCAAACGAUGUCAGCGGUGCCAGUGGGGCUGUCGCUCUGUGCCAGCUUCAUGUCUGCCGUGCAGGUUCUAGGUGUACCAUCUGAAGCUUAUCGCUACGGCCUCAAGUUCUUGUACAUGUGCCUGGGCCAGAGUCUCAGUUCCCUAGCUACAGCCUUGGUCUUCGUCCCUGUCUUCUACAAAUUGAGAAUCACCAGCACCAAUCAGUACCUCCAAAUGAGGUUUGGCAGAAGAAUGCAGCUGCUGGGAAGCUUUCAGUUUCUUGUGGCGACGACGCUGUAUACGGGGAUAGUGCUGUACGCCCCGGCCGUGAUAUUAAACCAAGCUUCUGGACUCAACAUGUGGUGCUCAAUAUUCUCUACAGGGAUCGUUUGCACUCUGUACACCACAUUGGGGGGUAUGAAAGCUGUUAUCUGGACGGACGUGUUCCAAAUCAUUGUUAUGCUCUCUGGGUUUUUGGUCAUCUUCAUUUAUGGCACCGUUUUGGUUGGUGGACCAGUCAAGGUUUUGGAGUUGGCCAACAAUGGAACACGCAUUAAUUUCAAUGACUUCGAUCUAGAUCCCAGGAAACGUUACACAUUUUGGAGCUUUACAGUCGGAGGCACGAUGCUGUGGCUCUCCAUGUACGGUGUGAACCAAGCACAGGUACAGCGCUACAUAUCGUGCAAGACACAGAGAGAAGCUCAGUGGGCCUUGCUUGUGAACCAGCUAGGCUUGUGCCUUAUUGUGGGCAGUGCGGCCACUUGUGGCAUUGUCAUGUAUGCUCUGUACUCGCACUGUGACCCCCUCAUGGCUGGAGAAAUAUCCUCCCCGGAUCAGUAUAUGCCCUACUUAGUCCUGGACAUCUUUGAACACUACCCUGGUGUACCUGGUCUGUUUCUGGCAUGCGCAUAUAGUGGAACAUUAAGUACAGUCUCCACCAGUAUCAAUGCCAUGGCAGCUGUUACUGUGGAGGACCUGCUGAAGCCCAGGUUCAUGAACAUGUCUCAGAAAAGGCUACUGAUCACCUCUAGAGCACUCUCUUUGAUGUACGGGGCCUGCUGCAUCAUGGUGGCUGUCCUCACCUCCUUCUUAGACUGGGGAGUUCUUCAGGGCUCCUUCACAGUCAUGGGGGUCGUCAGUGGGCCACUGCUGGGCGUUUUCAUGCUGGGAAUGUUUGUUCCUGCCACCAACACUAAGGGAGUGUUCACUGGUGUGUUUGUGGGCUUUGGCCUGUCUCUAUGGAUUGCCAUUGGAUCCUCACUAUUCCCACCCAGUGAGAACAUUAUGGGAGUUCUAUCAGCCUUUCCAGAACAAUGUCAGCCACCCAAAUACAACCACAGUAUAGGCUUCAACAGAACAUCAACCAAGACCAACAUUCCACUUGAGGACCAAGGACUCACAGGGUUGAUGAACAUAUACGCCAUGUCCUACCUGUACUUUGGGGCUAUUGGGACGUGUUCAGUAGUUCUGGUGGGACUGGUGGUCAGCUGCUUGACAGGACCCACCAAAAGGAGCAGCAUUAGCCCAGGCCUUCUUUGGCACGGUCUUUGGCACCAAAAUGCAGACGGAGCCUCCAAGAAGACAAAGGCGUCGAUGAACAGCACUGAACUUAUUGUACCUCCCAAAGGCUCACAAAAUCAAACAAGUGGUUUUGCCGAUAUAGAGAAGGCUUCACAGCCGAGUGCAGGGAAGGUGGAAGACGAUCCCAGCUGUGAACUUCUCCACAGUAUCUGCAGGGAGCCAGAAAUUAGGGGCUUUAAACCAACAGGUGUAGCAGAAGGAAACAUAUAAGCAAUUUGGAAUUAGAGAUCACUAUAAACCUACAACAUUUUCUUUUAGCUUUGUUUUACUACCUGACUAUAUAAUUACCAAUCUUUAUUCUCUGUCUGAAAUUUAUAAUUGAAUGUAUAAUAUUUACGUCACUAUUCAUAUUGCUUUUAAGUUUUGUGUGCUGGAAAUAUUGUUAGCUGUAUAUUUAAACUGAAUGAGAAAAAUGAUUUGGGAUUCACACUAUUUGUCAUUCUUGCUUGUUUAAGCUCUGAAAUCAUGUUGUGUAUGAUCGUAAAGAGCUUUCAAACAUCUGCUAGAAUAUUUCUUUGGGAGUCAGCUUAGCUAUGCUGUCAAUUAAUCUUUUGACUUUUUUGUGCAAGAAGAAGGUCUUGUGAGAUACUAAAUAUUAAAUAACCUGUCUUGUGAUAUAUUAAAUAGUUCAAAUACUAGGUGACUGGCUCUUACU